AUCAAAACAGCAAGGAUCAGUAUCGCAAGUGAAAAGUACGCAGAAAAACACAGUUAAUAAUGGAAAUACCCGCCAAAAACAUAGUGUCCGACGAAACAUUUUGCAUCUGGAAAGGGUGUAUAUUAAAUAUAGUGAGCUCCAAUCGUGAAAUUUCCGAUUAUUGGCAGUUUCAUCGUCGUUGUCCCAGAGCUGGUGUUGUCAUCAAAGCUGGUGAACAAAAGAAUCAGUGCUUAAGCCCCAGUGCUUUCUCGACGUCUGCGUCGAACAACGGGCACCCCGUUCUACGCAUAAUUACGCCAAUGUUGUUGAUGUUACACGCAGCGAUGAUGACUAAUGACGCACGUUUGGACUGUAAUAUCGUAACUGUGCUGAACGCGGAAUAGUAGAAUUAAUUAUUCCACCAUUUCGAUUUGCAAUCUGCCAAUCGUUACUGUGAAAAUUUUCUGUACAUAGAAAUUGGUUGCUCUGCCAGACGGUGUAAAAAUAGUAGUACGUAGCACGUUACUGUGUAAAUAUAUUAAUGGCGUGCGCAAUGCUCUCCGAACGCAAACAAUGUUACUGCCAUCCGUCGUCUGAGGAAAAUAGCAACACGGUUCCAACCAUGGCGGAAGUGGAAUUUAGUGAAUGGUCAAAACAACAUCCGCAACACUCGGAUCACCUGGCAGCUGUUAGCGAAAAGCUGGCUGACCUUAAAAUGUUUGAUCCCCCGGAAUCGCCCACUGCUUGCAAGCGCCCAAGUUUCGUCGGCUCCGUAAUCAGCGUGUUUAGCAACUGGAUCAGCAUACCCACCCGGUACGGAACCAAACCAGUCGUCGUGCAAUCUUCCGAAAAAGAUCACCAUGUUGAGAAACCAUGCAUCGCUUCGACGCCCUGCAUACCGAUAUUCGAAACGAACAAGAUGGGUAAAAGUCAGCUGACGGUACCGUUGGAUUACAGUUGCACGGUCGACGAUAUUGCCAUGACCCCGGCAGGCGUUUACGUGGAGGAACUGGCGCACAGUGAACAAAGCGCCCUGCGUCCGCGGCGUGUUCGGAAGCGACGAAAGGAACCAUCCAAAGCGAACCAACAUACGCACGUGGGCAGUGACGCCAGUGGCAAAGGCUGUGGUAAAAAUCGAAAGGACAAAAAACGUCACGCACUGCGAAGAGACAUACUGAACGAUAAUCUGGCCCUAUCGAUCGACGAUUGCAGCUAUGGUUAUGAUUACCGGGAAGCGAAGCCGAGCGCUGCGAUGGAUGUACAAUCGUUGUCUCAACGAUGCCUUUCGGCAGGUUUCAGUCCCGCAUCGACUGGCAGUGUGGGAAGCUAUCAAGAUGCAUUGCAAGACAUUGGUCCGAUGGAAAGUUUGCUUGCUCGUCCGUCUUCCGACAACGUGCGAGCUGUCCCGGUUUCGCCCUGCAAUCCACAACAAAUCCACCCUGCCAAAGAAUCGCCCGUACCGGACACGGGGAGCGCGAUCGCCGAUCGGGAGAACGAAAAAUGUGAUAUUGAUGCUAACCGUGCAGAGUUCGUAGUGUUAACGGAAUUAGACGUGUUCACGACACCAUCCGCCAGCCCCGCUCGACGUCCACGCCCUCGUAACCUGUGCAUGGCUAUCAGCUACGUUUGGCACGGUGAUAAGGGCGAGGAAGAUGAUCAGAGUGAUUACACUAGCGAUGACCUUACGGAGGACGACGGUGAAGAUUGCAAUAGUUUGGAUGGAUCCGAUGGGUUUGAAUAUGAUGUUGACGACGAUGACGAUUGUGUCGUGUUCUGCGAAGAUUACGACGACCUGAACGAUGAUUCUAACUCAUCGUCUGGAUUCGAGGAGAAGAAGGUUCGCUUCAACUUGAAACCCGUAGUGCACGUCAUGCGAGCCUGGGACUUUGCCUACCGCCAGGCACGUAAAGGGGAUUGGGAGAUGGCAGCCCGGGACAGUGAGCGAUUUCGGAAGCGGAUCACCGAUCUAGAACCGGUGCUAGGACCAGCACUACAGCCAGCGUUACGUGAUAAAAUUUAUGCCGAACGGUUUAACGGGCAGGAGGAACAUACGCGCAAGAUCUUAAAUUAAAUGUGAAUUACAGCAGCAGCAGCACCGUAUUCUGUUCUGUCGUUAGGCAUUGGUUUUGUAUAAUUUCAUUGUUUUGCUAUUUUUGUUUUGCUUUUACCAUCUUGUUGUUACCCGCGUGUUCCGUAUAGCAAGCUACUACUCCGCACACAUACCCAAAAACAAGGCGUUUAAAACAGAAGGGGUGGUUUAAUCAAUAAGUGAAGCUUGCAUUAUAUUUAUACGUUAUCAAAGUUUUGCUUUAAUUUAACGCAACACAUUAAAGCAUUGUUUAUAUUCCUAACCCUAUCCCCGGGCUUUUUUUCGUGUGUAAAUAUUGCAAGAAAUGAAAAACCAUUCGUACUCGGUGGGAAACAGAAAAUUAUAGACUAUAUUAAGCUGACUUAAGAUUGUUGAUAAUUUUAAAGAGCCAUUGCAAAAGUUGUGAAAUAAAAAAUGAAGAAGGGAAUUCAGAAUGAAGAAUAAUCAAA